AUGCCGGCUAUGACUCUGCAAGAUCGGGCGUCUCGGCUUCAACCGACAGCAGAGCCGUGUGGACCUUGUUCAGCCAGUCGUCGAGCCGAUCGCGCAGGGCCUUGAUCUGUGGAAUGCCCAGUAUCCUCGGCUGCACCCACGAAACAUGGACUGUUCCCUCUACUUGGUUGAUUAUGCCCUCGAUCAGAUGAACCUGCGCGGGAUUGAUUUUCUAGUCAUGAAGAAAGCAAUAUAGGAUUGCUACAACUGGUUUCACCAAUCAGAGACAGCCAUAAUCACCCCACCUUUUAAUCUAAAUAUUUCAGGAGAUUUUGGAUGUGAAUUGAAAACUUAUUGCAUAAAUGUGUAGAGUAGUCGAUCAAAUGAAUAUUUAUUGCAUAAACUUACGGAAAGGCUUUUCAUAAGAAGGUAUUCCACGUCUUCAAUUGAAAGCCCGGUACGUUCAGCAAUGGUGCUGAGUGGUAUGGUUCGGUCUUCAGAUGGCCGGCUGCAAUCGGAAGAUAAUAAUAAAUGACACCAAAAAAAAUAAUUAAAAAAAAACAGAAAUAUACGGAAAAAAUAUGCACCGUCGGAUUCCUCCCCACAUGAAAUUCUACCUGAAGAUGAUUUCCAUCAAGCAAAGAAUAUUAAUCUUCUCCAGUAGCUUCUUCUCGUUUUGCACCAAUGCAGGUUGGGCGCUCAGAGCAGCGUUGUGGACACGGCAGAGUUCUUGA